CGAUGCGGCGAGCGGCGGCCACAAUCACGGCGGGCGGCGGCGGCGGGGCGAGCGGGAGGCGGCGGCGGGCCCGGGGCCGUCCCUGCCGAGCUUGCCCUCCUCCUCUUCCUCCUCCUCUUUCUCCUCCUUCCCCCCUCGGCCCGGGCAGCGGGGGGCUCGCCGCCGGGCCAAGAUGGCUGGGGCCAUCAUCGAGAACAUGAGCACCAAAAAGCUGUGCAUCGUCGGGGGGAUCCUGCUGGUUUUCCAAGUCGUCGCCUUCCUGGUGGGGGGGCUGAUCGCUCCCAGCCCCACUACAGCUGUCCCUUACAUGUCAGUGAAGUGCAUUGAUGUGAGAAAAAACCACCACAAAACCAAGUGGCUGAUGCCCUGGGGACCCAACCACUGCGAGAAGCUCAAAGACUUCGACGAGGCGGUGAGCAGGCAGAUCGAAGCCAACGAUAUCGUGUUUGCCGUGCACAUUCCCCUCCCCAGCAAGGAGAUGAGCCCCUGGUUCCAGUUCAUGCUUUUCAUCAUGCAGCUGGACAUCGCCUUCAAGAUGGACAACGACCUAAAAGAAAACGCAGAAAUUACCCUGGAUGUGUCAUUAGCAUAUCGCGAUGACAUGUUUGAUGAUUGGGAAGAAAUAGCCCAUGCAAUAGAGAUCAGGAAGCUGAAAUGCACCUUUGGCUCACCAAAAACCCUGGAGUCUGAAGGCCGUCACUACGACUGUGACUUCCUUCCCUUCAUGGAGAUCGGCAGCGUGGCCCACAAAUACUACCUCAUCAACAUCCGUCUGCCUGUGAACGAGAGGAAGGGCAUUAACGUGGGCAUUGGGGAAAUCAAGGAUAUCCGCCUGGUGGGCAUCCAUCAAAACGGAGGCUUUACAAAAGUGUGGUUUGCCAUGAAGACCUUCCUCACCCCCAGCAUUUUAAUUAUCAUGGUGUGGUACUGGAGACGGAUCACGCUGAUGACACGCGCUCCUGUCCUGCUGGAGAAGGUCAUCUUUGCCCUGGGAAUUUCCAUGACGUUCAUUAACAUCCCCGUGGAGUGGUUUUCCAUCGGAUUUGACUGGACUUGGAUGUUGCUCUUCGGAGACAUUCGACAAGGCAUUUUCUAUGCCAUGCUGCUGUCGUUUUGGAUCAUCUUCUGCGGAGAGCACAUGAUGGACCAGAAUGAGCGGAAUCGUCUCUCGGGUUACUGGAAGCAGGUUGGACCUAUAGCUGUUGGCUCCUUUUGCCUCUUCAUCUUUGACAUGUGCGAGAGGGGAGUGCAGCUGAAGAACCCCUUCUACAGCAUCUGGACCACCGAAGUUGGCACGGAGCUGGCUAUGGCCUUUAUUAUAGUCGCGGGAAUCUGCUUGUGUCUCUAUUUUCUCUUCCUGUGUUUUAUGGUCUUCCAAGUGUUCAGAAACAUCAGUGGAAAGCAGUCCAGCCUCCCAGCCAUGAGCAAGGCUCGCCGCCUUCAUUACGAGGGGCUGAUUUUUAGGUUCAAGUUCCUGAUGCUCAUCACCCUGGCGUGUGCAGCGAUGACCGUCAUCUUCUUCAUCGUGAGCCAGGUGACUGAAGGCCACUGGAAGUGGGGGGACAUCACGAUACAAGUCAACAGCGCCUUCUUCACCGGCAUCUACGGCAUGUGGAACCUCUACGUCUUCGCCCUGAUGUUCCUCUACGCGCCGUCGCACAAGAAUUACGGCGAAGACCAGUCAAACGGUGACCUGGGAGUGAACAGCGGGGAGGAGCUUCAGCUCACCACCACCAUCACCCACGUGGAUGGGCCGACGGAGGUUUAUAAGCUGGCUCGCAAGGAGGCCCAGGAGUAACGCUGAGGGGGUGGCCGCAGCGGGGACCCAGCGCGGGGUGGAGAGCAGGGGACAACGCGAGGCCCUGCGGGAGGACGCCCCCCUCACCUGCCUGCCUUCUCCAGCACCCCUAGGGUAUUCUCACUGAGCUGUGACACCGAGCAGAACAUUUGUAAACUCUUUACUAUGGUGUAGUUAUUUCGGGGGGGAGGGAUAUGUAUAUUGUGUUACACUCAAGCACGUAAAAACCAGUUAGAAAAGCAUUAAGGUUGCAAAGUCGCGCAUUCAGAAGGUAGGAAAGGGGCAGAGCUGACGCUGGGCAGUUUUGAUUUGGCUACGGUGUGCCUGUGCAUAAAGGAGCUCGGUCGGUGAGCACGUACUCAGCACUCGGCGUUUUCUUCUUGUGUGCAGCUUUACACAAGGUGUCGGUUGGGGGGGAACUGCAGCCUCGUGGUAAAAACAUGUAAUUCCACUGUCUGUAACUGCCAUGAAAUUGUUCGAGUCUUUAGUACAGCCCUGCAACUCGGCAGCAAACCUCUGUCACUUGAACGAAGCGCGGCUGGGGAAGGGAGUAAACUGUAAUAAAUAAGAUUUUAGCGGGAGAAGCGACACACUUUCUCAGUAGGUUUUGCAGCUUUUUGUUAAAUGUAGAGGGAUGUAAAAACUGGGUGCCUGAGCUGAGCCGCAGGAGAAGGCGGUGCUCCUGAUCCCAUGUCCCAGAGGAACCAGUCCCUCUGCCAGCUCCCGCCUCUUCUCGGCCCCUUUGGCUUCCCUCCCUCCUGUUGUCCUCCUCCAUCUCACCUCCCUGUUAAGGAUUCUUCAUUUUCAUGCUGUUUCCGUGCCAUGGGGAGAAGAGCAAGGCCACGGGAGGGACGGUGCGUUCUCGGGUCCCGUGCCCAUGAGCUGGGCAGAGGAUGCCAGGUUAUCCCGCUCCUCCUGGCACUGCUGGGAUGGAGCACGCUUGGCCGAGCUGGAUUCUUCCAGGGAUUAUCAGACUUGAAAAAAAAUCCCCUUGUCAUGCACUAAGGUGGGUAUUUUCUUUUCGGAGCAAAAGCAGACGAUGAGGUCGCUCACCCCCGCGCCGUGCCUGGGCAGUCGGGCUGUCGGACUCUUGGCAGCGCGAGGGGACUGGAAACCAAUAUGGGACGGAGGAGUAAACUGGGACUGUGCUGGGGACCAGUUAAGGGAAGUGUUAAUGGUGUGUGCGGGAAGAAGCGUGGCCAGAAGGGUCUGUGCUGCUCAGGGCACACCUCCUUCCAGGGCCUGGAGGAUCCAGGGGACUUGUCACCUGUGAAUGUCCCUGUUAACUGCUAGUAACACAUAACUCAACCUCUCAGUUUUGUCCCUAAAAGAUAAGAAUCUGCUGCUGCUGUCUGUUGCUGAAGGGUCAGAGAUGAGGAGCCUGGGGGAGCUCCCAAAGCCGCUGACGGUUCCGCUCUCGCCGUCCCUCUCACUGUUUCAAGCAUCUCGGUAACCAAAUGCAGCACCACCUUCCUUUGCCUUCUGCAUUCCUUUCCCUGUGAUUCUUGAGACAAGUCAAUACUUGCGCUGGGGUGAGGCGUUCACAUAAUUCCUCUUUUAUUUUCCCAAUCCACCAGGGCAUGAGGCCGGAAGGCCAGUGCUUGUCCCUCGGCCACGUGCGGGGCCGGCCAGGGACCCCGUCUGUCCCCUCACUGGCCUUUCCCCAGGAGGGGUUUCUCACGGGGACCCGCUGCCUGUGCCAAACAAACAGCACCAGGAGGUGCUGGGCUGUUAUGAUCCCAGUAAGACCGGCGCUCUGUAAAGUAGCAUUUAUUAGAGCUCAGCACUACGAAGAAGAAGAGGACAGCGUAGAUAAUCUUGCGUCCUUUUGGUUGCUGGGAACCCCAAGUUGUGCUCUGGCGAACGGGUGUCCCAUCAGGGCAGACCCCAUCUGUGAAAGGGUUGCCCUGUUGUUGUUAAUUCAAGGUAUUACAGCAUUUCCUUAAGAGAAAGCAAUUCCGUUCAUCGUUCUGUUCAAUCCUGUUCGUCGUGCUGUUCGCCCGUCUCAGCAGACGCGGGCUCCGCGCCGAGGAGGGCUCGGGGUGAAGCCCCUUGCGUCACUGCAGCACCAAGAAACGCUGAACGCUACUCGAGGGAGUAGCUUCGGGUGAUUUUUGGAUACUUGAACUGCAAAACUAAUAAUUUUUUAUGUUUUGUGUUUUGGUUUGUUUUUUUCUUUUUUUUAAAGUGGGAUGGCAAUGGCCCUGUACUCAAAGGAAAUGUAGUUUAAAAGUAUAAAAAAAAAGGAGAGGACACACUGUAUGUGGAAUAAGCGCUGGGACCGCACCUUCAACACGGAUGGCAAAAUGUAAGCAAUUUUUGUGAGGAAAACAAGCGCUCGUAGGUACAAGCAGGGUUCCUACUUGCAGUAGUUGUUCUAUUACAAAAUGAAUUAAACUAACGCACAUCGUCGUAACUGCGGCAUGUUCCUGGCUGAGUGCUCGACUUUGCAACUUUAACGUCCUUUUUACGUUGGGUUCUUACGUGAUAUUUAUGUUGUUCCGAUAGAUGCGUCCGUGGUUUCUUUUACAGCUUAGCAUAGCAUCGCGUUUUGUAAAGGCUCCUUACAAAUGGGGAGCUGCAGCUUUAAAACCAAAUUUUGUGUCAAACACUAACAAUUUGUUUACGGGGCGCAUGUGUGCGUGUGUGUGUAUGUUUUUUUUAUUAUUAUUUCUUAAUUCCUAAGCCCUAUUCAUAUGUCUCAGAAACAGUCCCUGGGUCUUAUUAAAAUAUAUCCUUUUUUUGUUUAGGUUGGGUUCCAGUUUUUACAGAGUGCUUUAAGCAACCUGGAA